UUCCAGGAAGGUUAUACACCAUGGUCAAUGCCAACAAAGGUGUCUUCAUUUCCUGUGACAUUCCCAUGGCACAAUAUAUCAUCAAUAUGAAUGCUUCAUUUCCUGCAUCUGAUAAGUUCAUAAUACAUGACUUGGAUAGCACCCACAUGUUUGUCCAACCUCACGAGGGAAUGAUACGGAGUCAAAUCGCCAAGUUUAGAGAGGAUAACAUGUUGGGAUUAACUUAA